ACAAAUCUAAUCAGAAUGAAUCUCCCGCUCUUACUCGCCAUUGUUACAAUAUCUUCCGUGGCCGUGGUGAAGGCAAAGGGCCCUUUCGACCCGGAAGAGAUGCAUUUCAUCUUUACGCGCUGCAUGGAAGAUAACCUGAAAGAUGGACCCGAUCGCGUAAAGACGUUACUCAAGUGGAAAGAGUGGGUAACCGAACCGAAAGAUGAUCCCGCAACCCAUUGUUUUGCCAAGUGCGUCCUGGAAAUGUCCGGUUUGUACGAUGCGGCGUCCGGGAAGUUCGAUGCAAGCGUAAUUGAAGCGCAGCAUAAAGCUUAUCCAAAUUCGGAGGAUAAAGGAAAAGUUGAUGCAUUUGUGAAGGCAGUGCAAGCGUUGCCGCCCACUAAGAAUGACUGCACAGCUGUUUUCAGAGCGUUUGGUCCCGUUCAUAUGGCACACAAAGCCACCAGUAUAAAUUUGUUCCAUGACAAUAAAGCGCUGACCAAGGGAAUCUAUGAGAAGUUGGGGAAGGACAUUCGCCAGAGGAAGCAAUCGUACUUCGAAUUUUGCGAGAACAAACACUAUCCAGUUGGAUCUCCUAAGCGGUCCGACCUUUGCAAGAUAAGACAAUAUGUCGUUUUGGAUGAUGCUCAGUUCAAACAGCACACAGAUUGCAUUAUGAAGGGCCUUCGCUAUAUUACGAAGGAUAAUAUACUGAAUUGUGAUGAAAUCAAGAGGGACUUUAAACAAGUCAAUAAGGAUACCGGAGCACUUGAAAAGGUCUUGAAUACUUGCAAAGCCAAGGAACCAAGGGAUGUGAAAGAAAAAUCAUGGCACUAUUACAAGUGUUUGGUUGAAUCUUCGGUUGUGAACGAUUUCAAAGAAGCUUUCGACUAUCGUGAGGUACGUUCGCAGAACUACGGUUAUCACUUGAUGCAAAAGCAGCCAUACAACAAACCAGCGGUUCAGGCUCAAGUGUCGGAAGUCGACGGAAAACAGUGUCCUUCAUAAUAUGUUGAUAUUAUGAUAUAGAUUUU